UCAGAGCAGACUAGCCUCAAACUCAGGAACUCAGAGAUCUGCCUGCCUCUGCUUCCCGAAUGCUGGGAUUAAAGGCAGGCGACACCACUCUCUGGCCAAGGAUUAUUUAAUUUUUAACGGGAUCAUGGAAACAUGAAAAAUUAUGUGUGCAUGACGGAACGCACCUGUAAUCCCAGCAGUCAGGAGGCAGAGGCAGGGGAAUCAGGAUUUGAAGGCCAGUCUGAGCAACAUGGUGAGAUCCUGUGUGAAAAGGACAGAGAGGGCCGAGCCAGUAAAACGUUUGCUGGGUUGGUAUGAGAACUGAGUAUGACCCUCCAGCACGCACAUGAAAAGCCUGUCACAGCAGGGCUGAGGUAGGCCUUAGGAGACUCCUCGGCCAGUCAGUCUAGCCCAAUUGGUGACCUCCAAGUUGGACGAGAGACCCCGCCUCAAAAUAAGGUGGAAUGUGGUAGAGGUCCUGACAGACCUCUGUCUUCACAGAGACUCACAUGUGGGCGUCGUGCAUACAAUGGGCAUGCAUAAGGGCAUGCAUACACAAGGGCAUGUAUACACAUGUGCACACCCACAGAAAAAGAAAGGCAGAAGGAAGAAAGCAAAGAAAGAAGAAUAAAUAAAGGAGAGGGGGAAAAAAAAGAAGGAAGGGAAAAGAGACGUUUGUACAUUGUGUGAUUUCUGAAUCCUGGUUUUGUUCUCUAUCUAAUGAGGCCAAACCUUGUUCUCCAUGGAGAGAUAAUAUAAUCUUUAGGAGAGCAUGCCGAACAGUCUGAACACAAAGCAACAACGAAUGUUUUACACGCCAAGGACGGGAAGAAGUGCGGGGAAAACCAAGCCUUCUGACCCUGGUUGUUUGUGAGGCCUGAAGCAGCGUCUGAGAGCUGAGGAACAACCAGGCUAAUUUGCUAAAUAUUUUGCAGGCCUAAAAUAUGGAUGGAAUGUCACAGGGCCUCAGCACCCUUCGAAGUCCCAGGCAUGGCGAUGGCAGUAGCCCAGAAGUUCAGCCACCUGCUGUCUAGCCUGUGGCACGUGGGCCAGAAGCCUCUGCAAGCAGAACCGGUGUUUACAGUGGACCGGGCCGAGGUGCCACCGCUCUUCUGGAAGCCGUACAUCUAUGCUGGCUACCGGCCGCUGCACCAGAACUGGUGUUUCUACUUCCGCACACUGUUCCAGCAGCACAACGAAGCUGUGAACGUGUGGACCCACCUCCUGGCGGCCCUGGCCCUGCUGCUGCGGCUGAUCGUCUUGGCGGGGAGCGUGGACUUCCGGGAAGACCCUCACGCUCUGCCCCUCUUCAUCAUUGUCCUGGCCUCCUUCACCUAUCUCUCCUUCAGUGCCCUGGCUCACCUCCUGCAGGCUAAAUCGGAGUUCUGGCAUUACAGCUUCUUCUUCUUGGACUAUGUGGGUGUGGCCGUGUACCAGUUUGGUAGUGCCCUGGCACACUUUUACUAUGCCAUAGAGCCGUCCUGGCAUGACAAGGUGCAGGGUAUUUUCCUGCCCACCGCUGCCUUCCUGGCCUGGCUCUCCUGCGCCGGCUCCUGCUACAACAAGUACAGCCAGAAGCCAGGCCUGCUGGGGCGCUCUUUCCAGGAGGUGCCCUCGGCGCUGGCCUAUGCACUGGACAUCAGCCCCGUGGUGCACCGCAUCAUAGUGUCUCCCCUCCCGGCCGAGGAGGAUCCUGCCCUUCUCUAUCACAAGUGCCAGGUGGUUUUCUUUCUUCUAGCUGCUGCGUUUUUCUCCACGGUUAUGCCUGAAAGUUGGUUCCCCGGCAGCUGCCACAUCUUUGGGCAGGGACACCAAGUUUUCCAUGUCUUUUUGGUGCUGUGUACGUUAGCCCAGCUAGAAGCUGUGACGCUGGACUAUCAGGCCCGGGGGGCCAUCUAUAAGCCUCUGCACGCCCGUUGGCCCCACAACUUCUUCGGUCUCUUCCUGCUCACCGUGGGCAGCAGCAUCCUCACCGCGCUGCUCCUCAGUCAGCUGGUGCGGCGCAAACUCCAUCAGAAGACCAAGUGAAAGCGAGUCGGUGGGAGCUGGCUGGGGUGAGAGAGGAUGCUAGGGGCAAAAGCCUGGACUUGGCUCCAGAUGGGAACGAGGCCUGGUAACGUCGAUUAUAUUUGGCAGGCCAUGACUCCCUGCAUACAAACUCAGUGGCCAAAGUGGUGCUAGCCAAUCCUUGGACCUGGGGAUUGGCUGGGAGCCUCAGAGCCUUGCUCAAUUCCCUGCCCUGGGAGGGGAAGAGAUGAGGGACUCCGGACCGCUCCUCCCUUGCCUCCUCUCAGAGCUGAGGGUUGAGGGUCGGCUUUGGUCACCACCCUGGCUUGGGUUUUCCAGGUCGUUGGGUGAGAAGUAAGACUCAGGCCAGUGUCAAAUUUGAGUCGAGAGGGGAGGGGAAGUCUUAGCGGCCACCACCUACGUGAUCUCGCGGGUGGAGGGCAAAGAAACAGACCAAAAGAUGGGUAGCAUUUUGACUUUACUAUCCCCUGCACCACAGCCUGGAUGGUUGGGUUCCAGAGAGUCCCGAGAGACAAAAGAUCCCCUCCACUGCCCAUAUCGCUGGGUCACAGCCCAGCCACAAAGCCUCACAUCUAGCAUUGGCCUGUA